AGCCAACACGUUCAUGAUGUCACAUCCGUAAACAAUAUCCCCGAGUUAGCUUUAGCAAUGUGUAAUCCGUUCGUCUCCAAUUUUUAUCGUUUCAUUUAACCACAUAACCCACAGUACACGAUAGUUUACAAUUCAAGGAUGUCUCAAGGCGCUACUUCAUCCGUCCAAAGCUCGACCGAUGAGGAACCAAGUACUGAAUCUGUCAAAAUGGAGGCUACAGAAGAUGUCCAACGCGUUUUAAAGGAAGUGGGACUCACCAGCGCCACCUUCAUCGGUCCCACAUUUCCCCCGGAAAAGAAGCUCGAUGACUCCCUGAACGACUUCUACAAAGAGCUGCGAGAUCUUGACAACCGGGCUCCAAAGGAACGGGACCAACCUCAAACAUCAGUGAGCGAUCUUCUAGAAAACCCUUCCCGGGAAGCGAACGUUGAAAAAUCUCCCACGGAGGGCAGAAGCAGACCUCCGGAAAAACACCCGCCUCGCCCUCGCUGGUACGGAAACAAGCCGUAUUCCACUCAAAGGCCCGACACGCCCCCUUCUCGGAAUCAUCGUUAUCCACCUCCGGCCUUCCGCCCGCCGCCAGAUCCCGGAUGGCGCAACAGAUUCUGGCAGCCCCGUUCUUACCCAAAUCUGCGCCAUUUACCUCCACCUGGCCACACAAAUGCCAUCAGAUUUCCGCCGUUGCCAUCGGCCCCUCAUUAUUAUCAUCCAAACUGGGAAGACCUCGGUGCCCGGUGGUGUCGGGAAGCGCCGCAGGACCGGCAUUUCAAUGACGGGUCUUCACCUUAUGUGCUCGUCCUCAUGAGAGGCCUUCCGGGCUCGGGGAAAACAACAAUGGCGAGGUCACUGCUGGCCGGGGGUCCCGGCGGCCUCAUCUUAAGUACCGACGACUACUUCGCCCAUCGCGACGGCUACCGCUACGAGCCGAGCCUUCUCGGAGAGGCGCACGAGUGGAAUCAUAAAAGAGCUCGAGAAGCCAUGCGCGCCGGCCGCUCUCCCGUCAUCAUCGACAACACCAACCUGCAGGCCUGGGAGAUGAAGCCUUACGUCCAAAUGGCCUUGCAAAAGGGAUACCGAGUGGAUUUUUGUGAACCAAACACCAGCUGGAAGUAUGAUCCCUUGGAGCUAGAGAAGUAACUUUUUUCAAAAAUGAUUUUCAAUUGAUUUGUUUGUUUGUCCAAGAACAACUUGAGUUGCCUGAAAAAAAUACAGCAAAGCUGACAUUUUGCUUUUCACUGACUAAUUUAGCAGACAUUUGGAAAAAGUGACAGUUGGGAAAAAAAAAAUCAGUCCCUCAAACCAGCUUUACCUAGCAACUUCAAAUUUGGUAGACAUGUCAAUCAUGAGUAGGUCUACAAAAAAAAGUCUCCAGAGGCCAUGCUUCAAAAGACACUGUCAGUUUGGCAAUUUUGGCUUAAAGCGGCCAUUUUUUGGCCGAUAGUGAUGAUUCACCCUUUUAAAAAAAUAUCCCCCAAUGACAGUUUUACCUUGCAACAUGAAAUUUGGUAGACGUGUCAAUCAUGAGUCGACCCGCAAAAAAAAGUCUUAAAUGUACAGGGAAUCUUCCAUUUUUGGUUUAAAGUGGCCAUUUUAUGGGCGAUUUGGCCAAGUUUGAUGACCCCCCCCAUAAAAAAAAAAAAAAUCUGACCCUGAAGACCGUUUUACCUAGCAACAUGAAAUUUGGUAGACGUGUCAAUCAUGAGAAGUCUCAAGAAGCCAUGCCUGAAAUUGUACAGGGAGUCUGCCAUUUUUGGUUUAAUGUGGCCAUUUAAGGGCAAGUUUGACUCAAAAAAUUCAGCUGCUGACGACAGUUUUACCUAGUAACAUACAAUUUGGAUAGACAUGUCAAUCCUGAGUAGACCCACAAAAAAAUCUCAAGAAGCGAUGCCCAAAGAGAUACAGGCCAUUUUGAUUUGAAUCGGCUAAUGAGUCUACUCUCCGCCAAGGGGACUUUCAACAAAAUGUUUUUAUUUUCCCCAAAUGACAGGAGGAACAAGCACGGCGUGCCUCAGGAGAAGAUCGCCAAAAUGCUAGAUCGCUUUUCUUAUCCCAUCUCGGUCGAUGCGGUGUUACGUUCCGAAGAGCCGCAACACGUCCACCAGAGGCACCGAACGGAGGCGAGGAAAGACCUG